AUGAGUUACUGCAAUACUAACAUCGAAGUGUUGGGAAUUUUCGAUGCGCGAGUUGAAUAUGAAGACUUAAAUGUUAAGUUACCCUUGUAUGUGGUGGUUUCGGAAAAGCAUCCGCUACUCGGGCGCGAGUGGAUGCAGGAAAUCUCGAUCGAUUGGAAUAGAGUACUUGGGGGUGUAAAUGUGAUUGCUGCCGCUAUUCCGGAUCACACCACUGCGCUGGAAGAGGUGUUGAUGAAAUAUCCGAAAGUUUUUGACGAUUCAAUCGGGAAGAUUUCUUACGUACAAGCUCACCUACCGCUGAAGAACGAUGCUCGACCAGUGUGUAUGAAGGCAAGGAAGAUCCCGUUCAACAUGCGAGGUGCAGUCGAGAGCGAAUUGGAUAAGCUGGUUGCCGAAGGUGUGCUUACUAAGGUCAACCAAAGUAAUUGGGCCACACCAAUCGUUCCGGUAAAGAAAUCUCAAGGUCGUGUGCGAAUUUGCGGGGAUUACAAACAAACCGUGAAUCCACAUCUUUUGGUGGACAGACACCCGCUGCCUACCGUAGAUGAGAUGUUCGUUUCGCUGGUCGGUGGACAAAAAUUUAGCAAGAUCGACCUGGUUCAAGCUUACUUACAAAUGGAAGUCGCUCCGGAUGAUCGAGAAAUCCUGACGCUGAAUACACAUCGGGGUCUGUACCGACCAAAUCGGCUUAUGUAUGGGAUUGCUUCAGCCCCAGCAAUAUGGCAACGACAGAUAGAGACAAUACUACAAGGCAUCGAAGGGGUGAGUGUAUUCCUAGACGAUAUCAAAAUAACUGGCAGUGAUCAAGAUACGCAUCUACGUCGGCUCGAAGAAGUCCUUCAGCGACUGAGUGAAUGGAACAUCCGAAUGAAUAGGUCUAAAUGCGAAUUCUUUGCGGACGUUAUUGAGUAUUGCGGCUACAUGAUCGAUAAAGAGGGAAUUCAUAAAAUUCGAGCAAAGGUUGAAGCCAUCAAUGGAAUGCCAAUUCCAAAGAACAAGGAGGAGGUACGAUCGUUCGUUGGUCUGAUAAAUUACUAUGGACGAUUUUUCAAGAAUCUUAGCACAGUGCUCUAUCCUCUCAACAAUUUACUAAAAAAAGACGUCCCCUUCGUGUGGACAAAACAGUGUGAAGAGUCAUUUCGCACUGUUAAGUUGCAAGUGCAAUCUAAGGACUGCCUAGUGCAUUAUUCACCCGAGUUACCACUGGUACUAGCUACAGAUGCAUCACCAUACGGCGUGGGAGCUGUGCUUAGUCAUCUCUACCCGGACGGCACGGAACGUCCCAUUCAGUUCGCGUCCCAAACCCUAACGUCAGUUCAACAAGGAUACAUGCAGGUGGACAAAGAAGCGUAUGCCAUAUUGUUCGGUGUUAAGAAAUUUUUCCAGUAUAUAUACGGUCGGAAAUUCAUUCUGAUCACCGACAACCAAGCCAUUCCUAAAAUUUUUGGGGAACAUAAAGGAUUACCGGUCAUGUCAGCAUUGAGGAUGCAGCACUACGCCACCUACUUACAAUCAUUUCAUUACGAGAUUCGCUUCAGGAAGUCCACCAACCAUGCAAACGCGGACGCCAUGUCACGAAUGCCAUUGCCGCAGGCCGAUCCAGAGAACGACAUCGAGGAGUCGGACAUCGUAGAAUUAAACCAAAUUGAGACGCUGCCGAUAACAGCGGUGGAGCUGGCGCAGGCAACUGCAGAAGAUCAAACUGUUCGUGUGCUGGUCCAAGGAAUCAAGUACGGAAAGGUCUUUGACUCCAAGGAUCGAUUUGGUGUAGAACAAACUGAAUUUUCGCUACAGAAGGGAUGUUUGCUGAGAGGAAUCAGAGUCUACGUACCGCAGGUAUUGCGGAAACGGGUGUUGGAGGAGUUAGACUCAACACAUUUCGGAAUUACGCGUACCAAAUCGCUGGCUAGAGGCUACUGCUGGUGGAUUGGUAUGGACCGAGACAUUGAGACGAUGAUUGCAGAUUGUGCCGAGUGCCAAUCGGUGAGAUCUGAACCUGCGAAAACAAGACUGCACUGCUGGGAAACUCCGACAUUACCAUUCCAAAGAGUUCACGUGGACUUUGCUGGUCCUGUCAUGGACACCUACUUCUUUAUUUUCGUAGAUGCCUACAGCAAAUGGCCUGAGAUAAAAGUGUGUAAGUCAAUUACGGCUGAAAGUACAGUUAACAUGUGUCGUGAGAUCUUCAGCACAUUUGGGAUCGCCUCGGUUCUGGUUAGCGACCAUGGCGUGCAGUUCACAUCGGAAGCGUUCCAAAAUUUUCUACGGAUGAACGGAAUAAUUCAUAAAAUGGGAGCCCCAUAUCAUCCAUCUACGAAUGGACAAGCCGAGCGAUACGUGCAAACAUUCAAACAGAAGCUGAAGGCGCUGAAGUGCUCGAAAUCAAUGAUAAACGCAGAGUUGUCCAACAUAUUGUUGACGUACCGAAAGAUGCUGCAUCCAGCUACAGGCCAAUCUCCUUCCAUGCUGGUAUUUGGCCGUCAAAUUCGGUCGAGACUGGACCUUAUAUUGCCAAAGAACGAAGUUCGCGCCGCGCCGAACUGCGUGGUACGAGAGUUUAAAGAUGGUGAUCGAGUUCGGGUUAGGGAUUUUCUAUCUCACGAUAAAUGGAAGUUUGGAAGAAUCGUCGAGAAGACUGGAAAGCUACGAUACAUUAUUCGUCUCGACGAUGGAAGAAUCUGGGAACGUCACAUCGAUCAUAUGGUCGGAGUAGGCGAAAAUCUUCGUGAAGAUGUUGUCGAAUUUCCAACGCCGGCUAUCAAUCAUUAUGUUCCUGUAUCCAUGGUUACGAACCCUGUAGUCACUGCUGCCAAUCCAGUGGCCGGUAAAGACACUCCAAUCGAACCUGCUGCAGAGCCGGCGAGUGAGAACGCGAGUGGUACAACACCGGUCAAGGUCAGUCAAGGCAUCACUACUCCUUCUAGAACAGUACCAGGAUACCCAGAAAGACCUUCAACUAUGCCCAUCAGGCGCUCAAAUAGGAUUAUCAAACAUCCACAGAAGCUUAAUCUAUAA